GCGGUGUGGUCGUAUGUUUACAAAACUAUUAUUUUCGGACGCUUUGCAUUCGCUCCUGACAUUCGAUAGCGAAGUGCUGGCGCGUACGGUUCGAGACAGAGGCAAAGCUCCCGGGACAGGCCAUUCCAAAGCGCACAUCUCCAACGCAACGAGCAGCAGCAGCAGCAACAGGCCGAACACACAGUCCUUAAUUGGCGCUACUACUAUCAACCAAACGCAUCAUCACAAGCCUAGUGUCUAGUGCUAGCUAGCAGCAGCAGCAGCAGCAGCAGCAGGAGGAGAUCUGCUGACAGGAGGCCGAUCAAGCAAUCAAGCCCAGCUCCGGACCAGGAUCGGUUACAGGAUCCACCCUCAACGCCGUACCACACACCAACACAGGACACAGCAACACAGGAUGAAGCUGUUACUGAUGACGGCAGUGCUAUGCGGGGCCCUGGCCAUUGCAAUGGGCGUGCCGGUCCCGGCGGCCAACCCCGAGCCGGAACCGGUUGCCGCGGCUAACCCGGAGCCGGCGGCACAACCAAAGACAGACAUCGAGCUGAUGAAGAUCCCACUCAACGAUGAUCAGGAACUGGACGUCAUCACGCUGGUGAACUCCGAGGAUCAGCGCAUCAAUGAGCGGAACAAGCGAACCAUCGGUAUCCUGCGCGAGCUCUUCCCAUCGAUCUCUCAGAUAGUGGAUCAGAAGAUCCAGAUGAUCACCUCGUACUUGUUCCGCACGAUCGGUCCGAUCCUGUUGCGCAGCGGACUCGGUCUCGGCGGUGGAACCGGCGGUGGUGCGGCCGGUGACCGUGGCAGCUCCAGCACCGACGAUGACGACGAUGAUUUCAACUUCGACGACGACGAUGACGACGACGCCGCCGCCGAUAGCAAGAAGCCAUCUUCGUCCACCUCUUCCUCCUCGUCCUCUGGCGGAGGACCGAAGGUUAGCAUCUCGCUGCCCACCUUCCCACCCACGAACGACGACGACGACGAUGAUGAUGGCACGACCCCGAAGGGCCCUGUCCCACCGGUCGCUGGACCACGGCUCGGUGGCACCGAUGACAACAAGCAGGACGAGGAUCGCAACGAGGUGCGCAAGCGGGCCACGACGGCGGCACCGGAGGAGGAAAAAGCGGAGCGGAUCGAUCUGCUGGCCGGUGGCCAGCUUGAUUCGACCACCAGCCAACCGACUACUACCGUGGUAACGGUUGUAACGAGUGAAACCGAAUCCAACCUGAUCACCACCAACGAGGACGUCAACACGCUCGAUACGCUCGAUCUGGCCGGGCUGAGCGAUACGCUGAAUGCAAUCCGGGUGGCGCGCGCCACCGCUGAGGAGAAAGUUGCCUCGUCCAACGACCAGAAUGCCGCCGAAUCGUCCGCCAACAGCUCCAGCCUGGACGAGCUGACGCUCGACUCCGAGGGUAACGAGGAGGAUCGCAACAAGAGAUUCCUGUCCUUCGGUGGUAGCAGCGGCGGCGGUGGCUCCGGAAACUUCCUGUUCGACAUCAUCCGUCUUGUGUCGGGCAGCUCGGGUACGGAGCAGAGCGACGAGAAGGCCCACUCGCCGGACGAUCACGAUCUCGGCAAGGGCGACGGCUACACCGAGGGCAUUCCCGGACCGGUGACCCGCCUGUUCGUGCUGGCUAACCGUGGUCUGUCCAACCUGAUCCAGGAUCUGAUUCUGCGAAUCGCACAAACCAGUGAACGAGUGGUUAACUUCAAAGCACGUCUAAUCACGUCACUAAUCUAAGCCGUGUAUGCGUGAGAUAGUGAAAGAGAGCGAGAGAGAUAGAGAAAAAAGAGAGAAAGAGAGAGAGAGAGAGAGU